CCGAACAUUGUUAUGGGCGUCUUGUUGAACAGACUAUUUCAGCUUCAAAACUGCCAGUGGCAGUCAGGCUUUCUCAUUUAUAUUUCUCCAGUCUUGCGAAAUUUUCCUUCAGCGCCGGUAUAUAUACCCUUGCUUCACUUUCAUAUAAUUGACAUUACGUCUGGCAACGUUGUAUUAUGGAUGACUCCGACUCACCCACCUCCACUUCUCCCGUUGAGCCCUCUAACCAUAGUCAUCGAAGCACACGUUCCCGACGUCACCACCGAGAUGGCAAGGAACGUGACCGAAGCUCUAUAAUGAGCUCAUCCAAGGAACUCGCAAAAGUCAUCGUUCGUCAAGAAGGCGAGGUCAAGGAUCUUCGGAAUAGAUUGUAUAUCCUCACCGAACGACUAAAAGACGAAACGCAGCGUGCCGACGAUGCGGAGAAAAGAACCAUGGACGCUGUCCUCAAGUUCAAGGAAGUCAAUGAUGCGCGGCUGGCCGCGCAACAGGAGUCUACUCGUUUGACAGAGGAGUUGAGGCUGUACAAGCUACAGCUGGAUAAUGCGCAGAAGGAGAUCUUGAAAGCUCAGGAAGUGCUUGAUUCUCUUGAGGCACAGAGGAAUGACGCAGAAGAAGCAGCGGCGCGUGCCCGAAGCACGGCUCGGAAAUUGAAGGAAGAGAAAAUUGUCCUUCUAGCUCGUGAAGAAGGUCGACUACAGGGUUUCAAGGAAGGUGUCGCCCAGGGACGAGCUAUUGGUUAUGAGGAAGGUCGCAAUGCUGGGUAUGGCAGAAGUCGAGCCACUCCACCUAGUCGAGAAUCAUCGCAGAAUCCUAUCAUGCUCCCAGCGUCCCCGCCACGCGGUCCUUCUCCUUCGUCAUCUUCAUACUCGGAUUCACCUCCGCCCAGACCAUUAGCCCCGGCUUUCGAAGGGUCUCCUCCAGAAGACAUUCAUAUUAGAAGCUCCCCGGCAUCAUCCGGACCCUUAAAUAUGAAGAACACCGAGAUGCACCCCGUUACGGUUCACAACGUUUCAGUGGACCCACCAUCUAACGCACCCGUAGAGUAUCCUCCUGAGGGUUGGAUCCCAACCAUUGACGAUGAUGGACGAGUACGGUUACCCCCUCCGCACGAGUUGGCACCUGCACCUCCGACACCCAAAGGUUCUCCUUCAGCUUCCGCCACCCUGAAAAUGACGGAAGAAUUGGAUGGACCUAUGAAAAUGAUACCUCCACCAUUCCAGACACCCAUGAAUGCCAAUGUGACGCUGUCAGAUAUCGAGUCUCGUGCGACUACACCUGCGGCUCGUCGCCCAAAACAUAAACGUCGGAACUCUGAAGAAAGUAUGUCUACGACGAUAUCGCAAUUUGAGAUCGUUGGACUACCUCCCGUGUCAUCGUCUGCUCGGAAUCUGGUCGAAAGACCAAAUGUCCUUAGUGCUAUUGUGGAAGAGAAGGAGCGUAGUUCAUCAAUGUCAUCUCCUCAAGGUGGUGGGAGCUCUCCUUAUCAUAACGGCUCUAGUCCCAGCAUGAUGCAAAGACCAGAGGGCCAGACGCCUCAAGUCAUUCAUGCCGGACUAACCAAUAGACAGUCUCAUGAGAACCUCUACGUCCGACCACGUUCACAUUCCUCCCUCUCUGACGCAGGGCUGGUAAAUCCACCCAGGUCGCCUCCCUCGAGGUCUCAAAGCCAAUCCAGGCUAAGUCGCAAGGGUAGCGUGUCUUCUGAUGUUGGUAUUGCGAUAAAUGUUGAGCCUCCGUCUCGACCGGAUUCCAAUCAGUCUGGUGCAUCAGGGACACAACAGCAUCCAAACCUUCUGAGUGCGAGUGAUGCUGAGGCUAUUGCUCCUGCCGGUGAAGCGACAUCCCAAGCGAACAUCCGGCCCACUACGGGGACAUCUCCGCUUACAGCAUUCCCCUCCAUGCCAAUCGAUGUGUUAGCCAACAGCGAACUUCCACCUGGUUUCAUGCCAAUGGGUCCUCCCAUCCCUGUGGACACAGCUAUGGGUCCAGCCUCUGCUAUUUACGCUAAUCCAAUGACUCCCGCAGCGAUUCCACUUCCACCUUCCUCUGCGCCAUCCAUUCACCGACUAAAUUCAGGUACAACACCUUCAGUCGCAGGCUCCGUCCUCCCGGGGACUUUCCCUGGGGGAACCGCCGACCCAGUUGUCAUCCCACUACCAUCUUCCAGCGUCCUAUCUCAUGCAGGCCUACAGUCCGAACCAUACAGUAGGGCCGCCCUUCACAAAGACUCUUCCUCAGACGACGAAAUCUCCUCCAGUCUAUCAGACUCUAUGGAUUCGUUGACCACGCCUCCUCAAAGGUAUCGCAAGACACCCGGCCCAACGUAUGCUACCGCACCCACGCCGCCUGAUCUCGUCUAUCCUCUGCCGGUUGUGCCACCAACCCCGAGUAGAAGUCUUAGCUCGAGGAGUGGUGUGAGUGGAAGUAUUAGCGCAGCCGCAAAGGUUCCAUUACCAUCUUCGACCGUUGGGGGAAGUCCGAAGUCAACCUAUACACGGUUAUCGAAGCGAAGUGGGAGCGGCUCAGGUAGCCAACGUGCAUAAGGCUAGUAUGCUUUUCUUGUAGAUUGUUUUCUAUUCAUGUGCUUUUAUCUUUCAUCUUCACAACACACUCAUGGACCGAUUCAUCCAUCACAAUCUGGAUUCUCUCAUUCUCUUUGUACCUUCUUGUACAUAUACUGACGACUUUGAUGAUUCUCCACGAGGCAUUUACGGUUUGGACGAUCAUGAACUCGCGCAUUUUCCUUCUUGCAUAGACCUCGCAUCUCUCUGGAACAUUGCAUUUAGAGUUUCCUGGCAAUCGUCUCCAUGUAUUUCAUGUGUAGCAUACUGCUCUAUCAAGUUCUCUUUGGGUUUUAGUUGGCGCGUCGUACGCUGUCUUCUGCA